AAAUUCAACAAGCAACAGCUGAUAUGGAAAUUGCAGCUUGUGUAAUUGUUUAUUCGACUGCUAUUGUUCAAGAAAGGACUAUACAAAUCUGGCAUAUAAAUGAAAAAACUGAUUAUAUUAGUAUUCUUAAUGAACAUUAUGAGGCAUUGCAAUAA